AUGGCUACAAUAAACGAGAUUGGAGUAGCAGCUGCAAUCAAUAUAGUCACAUCAAUUGCUUUCUUGAUAGCUUUUGCAAUACUCAGGAUUCAACCAGUUAAUGACAGAGUCUACUUCCCUAAAUGGUACCUCAAAGGCUUAAGAACGAGCUCUAUACAAACCGGUGGCUUUGGAAGCAAGUUCAUCAACUUGGACUUCAGGUCCUAUGUUCGAUUCCUCAACUGGAUGCCUGAGGCACUUAAAAUGCCUGAACCAGAACUCGUUGAUCACGCUGGACUUGAUUCCGUUGUCUACUUGAGGAUCUACUUACUCGGGCUCAAGAUCUUUUUCCCUAUAGCUUGCGUUGCUUUUACAACAAUGGUGCCUGUUAAUUGGACAAACAAGGGAUUGGAUGGGUUAAAACAUUCUAACAUAAGUUACAGUGAUAUUGAUAAGCUCUCUUUGUCAAAUAUACCAAAUGGAUCAGACAGAUUUUGGGUGCAUAUUUGUAUGGCUUAUGCAAUCACCUUCUGGACAUGCUUUAUGCUGAAAAGAGAGUAUCAGAAUAUAGCUUUGAUGAGGCUACAGUUUCUUGCAAAUGAUGAGAGGAGACCUAACCAGUUCACUGUGCUGGUAAGAAACAUUCCUGUAGAUCCUCAUGAAUCAAUAUGUGAACUUGUUGAGCAUUUCUUUAAGGUCAACCAUCCAGAUCAUUACCUUACUUUCCAGGCAGUCCAUGACGCAACCAAACUCUCGGAAUUGGUUCAGACAAGGAAACAAAUGCAGAAUCUGCUUGAUUACAAUAUUAACAAACACAUGAGAAAUCUAUCUAAAAGGCCAGUAAUAAAGAUGGGGUUUCUUGGCUGUUGCGGUGAAGAAGUUGAUGGAAUCAAGUACUACACGUCUAUGGUAGAGAGUCUAACAAGAGAAAUAAGUGAGGAGAAACAGAGGUUAAGGACCGGGACAAAGUCGAUAGUGCCUGCAGCUUUUGUGUCUUUCAAGAGCCGUUGGGGAGCAGCUGUUUGUGCUCAAACCCAACAGUCAAGAGAUCCAACAGAGUGGCUAACCGAGUGGGCUGCAGAGCCAUGUGACAUCUACUAUGAUAAUCUAGCAUUGCCAUAUGUCCACCUUAAGAUAAGGAGGAUAAUAGUCGCCGUGGCGUACUUCUUCCUCACCUUCUUCUUCAUGAUCCCAAUAGCAUUUGUACAGUCACUCGCCAAUAUUGAAGGGAUAGAGAAGAAUUUUCCAUUCUUGAAGCCUCUUAUAGAAGUGAAGUUUUUUAAGUCCAUCAUUCAAGGCUUCCUUCCAGGGAUUGCCUUGAAGAUCUUUCUCAUGCUGCUCCCAAGAAUAUUGAUGCAAAUGUCGAAAUUCGAAGGUUUUAUCAGCACAUCUUCAUUAGAAAGAAGAGCCGCAAGUAGAUUUUACAUGUUCCAGUUCAUCAAUGUUUUCCUUGGAAGCAUAGUCACUGGGACUGCGUUUCAACAGCUCAACAGCUUCCUUAACCAGUCUGCAAACGAUAUUGCAAAGACAAUUGGCGUCUCGAUUCCAAUAAAAGCGACAUUCUUUGUAACAUAUAUAAUGGUGGAUGGAUGGGCAGGAGUUGCUGGGGAGAUACUGAGGUUGAAGCCGCUCAUAAUCUAUCAUCUAAAGAAUUCUUUCCUUGUUAGAACAGAGAAAGAUAGGGAAGAAGCAACUGAUCCUGGAACCAUAGGAUUCAACACUGGUGAGCCUCAAAUACAACUCUACUUCCUUCUUGGUCUUGUUUAUGCAGCAGUUAGCCCCAUCCUUCUUCCCUUUAUCAUCCUCUUCUUCGCCCUGGCUUACAUAGUGUACCGUCAUCAGGUUAUAAACGUGUAUCAGCAAAAGUACGAGAGCGCAGGGAAGUUCUGGCCUGACGUUCACAGGCGUGUGGUGACCGCACUGAUCGUUUCGCAGCUUCUCUUGAUGGGUCUACUAAGCACGAAACAAGCUCAUAAGUCUACUCCUUUUCUUCUUGUGCUUCCGGUUCUAACCAUCGGGUUCCACAUGCACUGCAAAUGCCGUUACCAAUCUGCCUUUGUCACAUACUCUUUAAAGGAAGCCAUGAUCAAAGAUACGCUGGAGCGCACACGUGAACCAAACCUAAACCUUAAGGCUUUCUUUCGAAAUGCGUACGCCCAUCCAGAGUUCAGGGUUGGAGAAAAUUUAGAUCUAGAGAUGGCCAUGGAGAAACCUGAUAAGACACCGGAGCUAGUUGCCACUAAGCGUGGCUCAUGGAGGAACACUUCUUUGCCUAGCAAACAUAGCUGACCUCAUUCACCCUCCUGCUUGCUUUUUAACCUUUAACUGUGAUUCUUUUAUGUUCUAUGUACAUAUGAACAGUUGUAUUAAGUGCAAUCUCUAUAAUAUUAUUUGAGAAGUCAGUUU